CUUGCGAAUAAUCUGAACGAAGCACCAAACAUGGCGUCGCCGGAGCCGCAACGAAACCGCGGCGAUAACAUGGAGCUAUUGAAGAAAUCAGAUGGAGAAACGAAGACUGGUCCGAUUUCUUUCGGCUUUAGCAAAAAGAUAAAUAAAGUCAAAGCCGAGAAAUCAGAAGAGCGAGAUUUUUUAACUGGAGUCGAGGGAAAGGAACUAAAAAGCACCAAGCCAGUGGAGAAACCUAAAGAGCUCAUCAUCCCUCUGAUCCAGAAGAACCGCUGGUACAGACACGAAGGGGUGAAGCAGGAGGAUGGGAAAGAAGCUUCGUCCGAGCAGCAGGACUCUGUGGAGUCUCAAGCCAUCAAAGAGAUUAUCGAAGAGUCUCAGAAGCAGCAGGAACAAUGGAAAAAUGGCCCGAAGUGCGACCCGAACCUGGCCAUCCCGCUACUCAUGCAGAACCAGGUUCCGCAGGGCUUCGAGGACGGAGAUCACCUCAAAGUGGACAUCCGGCCUGAAUCGUCCUCAGAAGCUGAUUAUGAGCAGGUUCCAGUCGAGGCAUAUGGACUCGCCAUGCUGAAAGGAAUGGGCUGGAAGCAGGGAGAGGGCAUCGGACGCACGUUCAAACAAGAUAUUAAACCUAUAGAACAUCAGCUAAGACCCAAAGGCCUGGGUCUGGGAGCCGAUCGCGCUGCCAUCAAAGACCUGGAACCUUCAGGGCCACGAAGACCCCCUAAACCUGGAGAAGUGAGAGAAAAGGACGAUGAGGGCUUGGUGCUGGGACCUGGAGGAUGUGUUUAUGUUCAGACCGGGGCUCAUAAAGACCUCUAUGGGAUGAUAGAGGGAGUAGACACAGACAAUGCCAGAGUCGUGGUGAAACUUGCCAUCGGAGGAAAAUCCGUGACAAUCAGCCAGCACUCGCUACGCCUAGUGCCUCGGAAAGAAUACGACAAAUACAGCAAAGACCUCAGCCGCCUCAGUAAAGCCCACAAGGACAAGGAGAAAGAGCGAGAGAAAGAGCAGCAGAAACGAGAAGAGAAGGCGAACGGGAAAGACGAGCGGCAGAGAGAGCGGCAGACAGAACGAGAGAAGGAACGCGAGAGCGAUAAAGAGCGUGACCAGAGGAAGAGGAAGCACAAUUACACUGAUACAGACAGAGAUAAACCUCCUCCGAUGAAGGAGUCCCGCACGUCUGCGCCGUCCUGGCUCCAGAGAGACCUCCGUGUGCGCUUUAUCGAUAAAAGCUUCAAAGGUGGCAAAUACUACAACUAUAAGAUGACAAUCGAGGACGUCCUCACGCCACACUUGUGUGUCUGCCGCACAGACGAAGGCCGACUGCUGGAUGACGUCAAACAGACGAUGCUCGAGACCAUCGUGCCUAAAAGUGACACAGACUCCGUGAUGGUGGUGCUGGGAGAACAUCGAGGACAGAUGGGCCGCAUUCUAAAGCGUGAUAAGGACAAGUUUAGGGCCAUGGUGCAGCUGGAGCGAUACGAAGAGAAGCUCUUCACCCUGGACUACGAUUCCAUCUGCCAUUACAUGGGAGAUCACUGACAAACACUUCACACAAACAACCAAAAGCCCUACAGUGACCAACACCAAAGUCUUUUCUCUCCCCAGAGACAUGAACCACAGCCACAACUACACUGUACGGGCAAAAGUUUGUGGACACCUGAAGAUUUAUGUGCUUUUUGACCUCCCAUUUCACAUUUACUCUUAUUAUAAUAUCCACUCUUUUGGGAAGAUUUCAGCCACAUGGGUGUUUGAAACUAAUUCUUAAAAAUCUGAUUUUACCAAACGUUCUCAGUGAGGUUGAGUUCAGAGCUUUAUAACAGGACUCUGGAACAGGUUUGGAUCUGCUAGUUCAAGUGAAGGGUAAAUUUCAUGAUCCCUCAUUUAAAGACAUCCUACAGUAAUGUGUGCCUCCAACUUUGUGGGAACAGUAUGGGUAAGAACCAGAAAUGGCUGAAAAGUCAGGUGCCCCAGUACUAUUGUCCAUCUAAUGCACAUUAUUCAGCGUGACGUGCUACUUCGCACGCCUCAUGCGAACUCUGUCGCCGUCCAUCCAAGAGUCUGUCACUUCUGGCUAAAUGAUUUUAAUUCUACUUCCUGCUUGCUGGAGAGAUCGCAGAAAACAUCUCGUAUCAGAAACCAGACUGAGGAUGUGGUUUGGGAUUUUCUUUCUUUGUCAAGAAAAACACUGUUUGUAGUAAAUCUGAGUUUUGUUCAGGUAUCAUAUUCACUGCCAUACUGGAUGUUUUUUUUAUAAUAAAAAUAUUAUUUGAA